CUCUUUCCUAAUAAUAAAUUUGAUGUAAUUUGUUGAAUUGCACAGUCCUCAUAAUCCACAGAAAGUCAGAAAUAGAAAUGGAUAUGGAUAGUACUGAAAUCGCAGACAACUGCCGAGCGUGUCAAAUUAGGACACAUAGUGAAUCUCAGAUAUUCAUGUUUGCUACAACGAAUCUCCCGGACAUAUACCAAGAAACCACAUCCCUGGACAUUCAUGAGAACGAUGGACUACCCGGAGUAUUAUGUUUCUCCUGCUACAAUCGCCUACUGGAAGCCUACAACUUCCGGAAAAUGUGUUCCGCUGCAGCUCUGCACUUCCAACAGAUUCUGUCAAUGGACUUCCCUGAGGAGAAAUACAUCCCACCUGAAUACUUAAGUGAUCCCCUGAUGGCUAGAAAGACAGAUCCGGAUAAUUUGGAUCCAUCAAAUUUUCUUUUGGAAGACAAAUAUUCGCCUCCGGAAGAAAAAUUCAACCGCACAGAAGUGCCUGAGACCAUAGACGUAAAACCCCUUAUGAUAGGUGAGGAAAAUGCAGCUGAAUAUAGUAACCAAAUCUCCAGAAAGACAAAAAAGACCAACAGAAAACGAGAAACAUCCAAAGGACGUUCUAAGAAGAAGACAAUUUCUCUUCCGGGGGAUACUGAUCAGGGUGAAAAACGUAAGAGGGGCUAUCUAGAAUGCGAUUUCUGCAAUUCAAAGUUCAUCCAAAAACAUCGUCUGGAGGUGCACAUGUUGGUUAAGCAUCAGGGAGUGAAAGCUGUCAAAUGUAAGAUCUGUGGAGAAGGAUUCACGCGUCCUGACUCAUUGAAAGGACAUAUGGGAACUGUACACGGACUCAAGAGAAAGUACCCAUGUUCGGAGCCAGGGUGCAAGAAGCACUAUGAUACUGAAGAAGGUCUGCAGAAUCAUAUGAAAAGCUGGCAUGAUCCAGAGAAUCCCAGAAUUAAAAUUACUAUCAAUAAAGUGUGCGUAUGUGAGAUUUGUGGGAAGGACUUCAAGACACCCGGAGCCCUUAAGGAUCACAGUUACACCCAUGGUGUUACAAAACCACAUGCCUGCACAAAGUGUCCGAAGCGAUUUGUCUCAAAAACUAGGCUCAAGAUACAUACGAUGCGCCAUGAAGGUAUUAAGAACUAUGAGUGUACGUUUUGUGGGCUGAAGACGGUAACUGCUCGUGAGUUGAAGGUCCACGUGAAUACUCAUACGAAAGAGAAAAUUUUGUCUUGCGACUUUUGCCCCUAUCAAAACGUUAACGUAGGAAAUUUGAAGAAACACGUGAGGGUAGUUCAUCAGGGAAUAAGGGAUUUCCAUUGUCCGCAUUGUACAAAAUCAUUCGGAAAGGCAGAAACUCUUAAGCAUCAUGUAAUGACUCACACGGGAGAGAAACCACAUGCCUGCAACGAUUGCGGAAAGAGAUUCAUCCAAAAAGUAGCUCUGAGAACACACAUGAAGACUCAUCUCAAGUCCAAAGGAGAAGCAAGAAGUGAAAUGGAUUACGUAGACAUAACAGAGAAUUGCCGAGCGUGUCAAAUUAAGACUCAGGAGGAGAAUACAAAGAUAUUCAUCUUUACCACAAUGAAGCUCCGGGAUAUCUUCAAAGAAACCACAUCCCUGGACAUCCAUGAGAACGAUGGACUACCCAAAGUACUGUGCUGUACCUGCUACGAUCGGCUCCUGGAAGCCUACAACUUCCGGAAAAUGUGUUCCGCUGCAGUUCUGUAUUUCGAGAAGAUCCUGUCAAUGGAUAUGCCUGAGGAGAAAUACACCCCACCUGAACAUUUAAGUGAUCCCUUGAUGCUUACAAAACCAGAUCCUGAUUAUUUGGAUUCGUCAAAUUACCUUCCGGAAGACAGAUAUUCUCCUCCGGAAGAAAAAUACAAAAUCCCUAAUGAGCCUGUUCAAAUGGCUACAGAUGAGAAGGAUGAAAAGCCCCUAGAAGAGAGUACGAAAACUAAAGCUGAUGACUGUGUCCUGAGUAACCAAAAAACAAGUAAGGCAGCCAAAAAGCGAGAAAAAUCCCCGCGAUCUUCUAAGAAGAAGAUAAUCACGCUUCCGGAAAAUACUGUGAAGCAAAAGAAACGCAAGAAGUUGAGCCUGGAAUGCAACAUGUGCAAUUUGAAGUUUCACCGAAACGAUCGUCUGAAAGUGCACAUGAUGGUUAAGCAUCAGGGAUUGAAGGUUUGCGAAUGUAAAAUCUGUGGCCAUGGAUUCACUCGUGCUGAUGUACUAAAGCUGCACAUGGAAAAGAGACAUGGAGCCAAGAGACAGUUUCCAUGCCCAGAACCAGGGUGCAAGAAGCACUAUGAUACUGAAGAAGGUCUGCAGAAGCACAUGAAAAGCUGGCAUGAUCCAGAAAAUCCCAGAAUUCCUACCAACAAAGUAUGGGUUUGUGAGAUUUGUGGGAAGGAAUGCAAGUCACCUUAUUUACUCAGGAAGCACAGCUAUAGCCAUGGUGUUACCAGACCUCAUGCCUGCACGAAGUGUCCAAAACGAUUCUCCACACGGGAUAAUCUAACGAUACAUAUGAUGCGUCAUGAAGGUAUUAAGAAAUAUGAGUGUACGAUUUGUGGAAUGAAGACAGUAACAUCUCAUGAACUGAAGAUCCACGUGAAUACUCACACAAGAGAGAAAACUUUGUCUUGCCAAUUCUGCGACUAUCAAAAUCUCAACUUGCUCAAUAUGAAACAACACGUGAAGAUAGUUCAUCAGGGAGCGAGAGAUUUCCAGUGUCCGCAUUGUGAUAAAUCUUUCGGAAAAGCAAACACUCUUAAGUAUCAUGUAAUGACCCACACGGGAGAGAAGCCACAUGCCUGCAGCGAAUGCGGAAAGAGAUUCAUCCAACCGACAGCCCUCAAGACUCACAUGAAGACUCAUCUUAAGGCUAAGUGA